GUCGCUGCUCCUCCUCCUCCUCCUCGUCCUCCUCUUCCUCCUCCUCCUCCUCCCCCUCCUCCUCCUCCUCCUCCUCCCGUCCCGCUUCCCAGGGCCAACCGCCAGGUUCGGGAGAGGGAGCCUCUCGAGAAGAGCGCUCGACUGGUUCGACUGGAUGCUGCCGGAGGCUUGGAGCGUGUACCACAACCAGGUCCACCAUUACAGGGUCAACGAGCGCGCGGACCCGGACCUCUUCGAGGACUACGUGAGUACGUGGAAGUUGCCCAAGGAGUUCAUGACGAUCUUGUCGAUGCUGGUGUUCAAGUGGGCCUUCGCGGCGCCCAACUCGUACAAGGACCUGAAGUUGACCGAGAUGCGCAAGUCCGGUCGGCUGCCUCCCAGAGGAUUCGACCCUGGGAUGACGAUGACCAUAUACCAGGUCUACAGGCUAGAGCGCGACGGGCAGGGCAUAUCCGAGACACCUCGCGGCAGCCCCGCCCUCCCUGCCGCGGAGGGGCCGGCAGAGGCCCCCGGGCCUCUUCCGUUCCGAUCCGGUCGAUCCGACUCGAUCUCGGCUCCAGCCAGCCCGCUUCGAUUCGAUGCCGACUUCCGGGAGCCAGGGCGCGGCGAACGAGGGCGAGGGCAGGCUUGCGACGGCUCGAAGGCGGGAGGUCUUCGGGCGUCUCCGUCGGGCCUCGGAGGCAUAGCCCAGCUCGGGAGGGAUGCCGGCAGCUGCGCCUCGCCGAGAGCGUGCCGGGGCUGCCCGGAUCGUCCCGGACGGCCGCGCGAUGGCCCGAAGACCGAUGAGGCCCAGGGAGAGGGCCCCGCGUCUGCACGGCGUUGUUGUGCAUCCUGGCGCCGCCGAUUCGAUUCGAUGCACGCUCCGGUCCGCGCCGGCUUCCCAAUGCGAGGCUGCUUGUCCUUGGGCGCGGGGCCGAGGAGAUGGCCAGCCUAG